UCGACGCUCCAGGGGGAAAGAACCCAAUCCAGUACAGGAAGAAGCGGCAGAGGAAAGCUCUUGGCGCCACACCGGCCGCCGCCACGACGGCGCCCAUGCUGCGCGUCGCCUCCACCCUCCGCCCGCUCCUCCGGAGCACCCUCCUCUCAGGCCCUAAACCUCUUCUCUGCCCCCGCCACCCGCCGCGGCCGUUCCGCGCCCUCUCGUCCUCGUCACCGGUCGCCGCAUCCCCGCCUAGCGCGCUCGGGGUGGGUGAUAUCAGAGAAGAGCACCUGGUGCGGUGUGCAGCCGCGGGGAGGGCGCCGCUGCGUGUGGCCGUGCUGUUGAGCGGUGGGGUGGACAGCAGCGUCGCGCUCCGCCUCCUCCACGCCGCGGGCCACAGCUGCACCGCCUUCUACCUCAAGAUCUGGUUCCAGGAAGAUUUCAGGAACUUUUGGUCCGAGUGCCCGUGGGAUGACGAUUUGAAGUAUGCACAAGCUGUGUGUGACAAGAUCGAUGUGCCAUUGGAGGUGGCUCAUCUAUCUGAUGAGUACUGGAACCAUGUGGUGUCUCAUAUUAUUAAUGAGUACCGCAAUGGGCGUACUCCGAACCCUGAUGUUCUCUGCAAUACAAGAAUAAAGUUUGGAGCUUUCUUAGAAGCCAUUGAUAAUUUGGGAUUUGAUUACAUAGCUUCAGGACAUUAUGCACAUGUAGUCCAUCCAUCCAUUGAGAAUGUUGAAGGGCCAUCAGUGCUCCAACUUUCGAAAGACAAGGUCAAGGAUCAAACUUAUUUCCUCUCACACCUCUCUCAGCCCCAGCUUAGAAGGCUUCUUUUUCCAUUGGGUUGUAUAACAAAGGAUGAAGUGCGCAGUCUGGCUACUCAGAUGGACCUUCCUAACCAAGGUAGAAAGGAUUCUCAGGGGAUAUGUUUUCUUGGGAAGGUUAAAUUUAGUGAGUUUGUUGAAAGACAUAUAGGAGAAAUGGAGGGUGUACUUCUUGAGGCUGAAACUGGAGAUUACCUAGGGAGACACCGUGGCUUUUGGUUCUAUACGAUUGGUCAGCGACAAGGUUUGCGCCUUCCUGGAGGACCUUGGUAUGUGGUUGAGAAAGAUGUUCAAAAUAAUGUGGUUUUUGUAUCAAGGAAUUACUAUUCGCUGGAUAAGAGAAGGCGAACAUUUCGUGUUGGAUCGCUAAACUGGUUUAGCGACUCUGGGCCGGAAAAUGAUGAACAACUUAAAUGCAAGGUACGACAUAGUCCUGAAUUUCAUAACUGCACAGUGACACGAGAGCAAACUGAAGAAAGUGGAGAUGUUUUGGCAGUGCAUCUGUCUGAAGAUGAUCAGGGUUUAGCAGCCGGUCAGUUUGCAGCAUUCUACCGUGACAACACAUGCCUAGGCUCAGGUAUAAUUUUGGAUUCAUGGGAUGAAAUGAGCUUUCCUGUCUGCGCGAAUGCACUAGAAAUUGCUAGGAUGGAAGAUAAAUCCAAACUGGGGAAGCCGGUAAGGAUUGUGAACUUGGAACAUAUCGUGAAGCCAGAACGGGAGCCAGUCAAGGUCGCUUGACAUCACCAGGCUCUUGCAGCCUUCUCUUGAGUAUGUACAUCGGUGAUCCUGUGAUGAUACGUGUCUGACAGUUUGGCGCCCAGUGUAAAAUGCAAGAACCAGGAAAGUUCAGAAAGCAUUGUUAUGUUGCCCCAGUCCUGAGAAGACUCCAGUUGGUUCCUGAGAAGACGUCAUCCAUUGGCGAAUUUGCAUUUCAGAGGAGAAAGGCGCGCCUCUGGAGCAUCAUUACCCAUGGAAGAGUUAUCCUGGCAUAAAUUGCGGACACAGCGUUGCUGAUCCGACCUAGUAGGCAGGAAAGCACGCGAUGGGUGGGCACGUUUUCUGUCGAGCCGAAAUGUUCAGAUUAGAUAGACAUAGUCCGUAGAAGUAAUUAAGAUGUAUCCUAUGAAUCCAUCAUGUGGUAGUACUAAUAUCGGACAGCCAGCACGUUGUAAAUCAUGGUGUUCUCGUGUAUACGUUGAUCGGUUUCUCGUGCUGGUUCUAGACUAAACCAUGAUGGUUCAUCACGAAGAAUCUCUGCUUUUUUAGAGAAUUCUGGAAUUUGACCGGUUGCGUGCUUGAUUGUACUA